CCGAGCCCGGCCCGGGGGUGGGGGAGCCGCGGCCGCCGGCGCCUGCUCCGUCCCCUCCCACUCGCACGGCCCCUUCCUCCCUCCUCUCACGGCUGCUCGCAUUUCCUGCCGCCCUGGCUCUCCCGGCCCCUAAAAGUUCUUCCCAACUUUCUCUCCCCCGAGCGGGCGCAGUCGGGGGCAGGUUGCUGCGCUCCUCCUCGCUCAGCUGCCUGCCCUCCCGGCUUAGGUCCUCGGGGAGCAGCAGACACAAAGUGGCCGCUGGCGGUCCUUCCUCUCCCACCUCACCCAUCCUCCUCUCCCCGGCCCCCUCCGGCGGGACACCCCGCGCCUAGGUGGUUCUGCUUUUCUCCUUCUCCGUGCGCCCCUGCGCCGACUCUCGCGCCGGGAUCGCGGAGGAAACCUCCCUCCCCUUUCGCCUCGGCCGGCUCCUUCCCUCUGCCCCUCCUCCGCCAGCCACUGGAGUCAAUUCCUUGGGGAAUUGGGGCUCCGCUGCCGCCGCGGAGGACAGCCUUUCCGCGCGGGACCCCAGGGCACCGCCGGGGCCAUGUAAGCAGUGAUCCUCCAGAGCGCCACGCCGGGCAUGGACACCUUUUUCCGUAUCUGGAGGAGCACGGGUAGUAGUGUCAUCACCCGGUCACGAAACUGCUAAGGCCAGCUCCGGGGCGUGGGCGCCAGGAUAGGGCAGCGUCCAAAGGCCAUAUAGCCAUGCCUUUCGGCCUGAAGCUCCGCCGGACGCGGCGCUACAACGUGCUGAGCAAGAACUGCUUUGUCACCCGGAUCCGCCUGUUGGACAGCAAUGUCAUCGAAUGCACACUGUCGGUGGAAAGCACAGGGCAGGAGUGCCUGGAGGCUGUGGCCCAGAGGCUGGAGUUGCGGGAGACGCACUACUUUGGCCUUUGGUUUCUCAGCAAGAGCCAGCAAGCACGAUGGGUGGAGCUGGAGAAACCUCUGAAGAAACAUCUGGACAAAUUCGCUAAUGAGCCGCUGCUCUUCUUUGGAGUCAUGUUCUAUGUGCCAAAUGUGUCAUGGCUUCAGCAAGAGGCCACGAGAUAUCAGUAUUACCUGCAAGUCAAAAAAGACGUGCUUGAAGGGCGGUUGCGGUGUACGUUGGAACAGGUGAUUCGGCUAGCCGGCUUAGCUGUGCAAGCUGAUUUUGGAGACUAUAAUCAGUUUGAUUCUCAAGAUUUCCUCAGAGAAUAUGUGCUAUUUCCUAUGGAUUUGGCCCUGGAAGAGGCUGUUCUGGAGGAGCUGACGCAGAAAGUAGCCCAAGAACACAAAGCCCACAGUGGAAUCCUGCCAGCCGAAGCUGAGCUUAUGUACAUCAACGAAGUGGAACGUUUGGAUGGAUUUGGACAGGAAGUCUUUCCUGUGAAGGACAAUCAUGGAAAUAGCGUGCACCUGGGCAUCUUCUUCAUGGGGAUUUUUGUGAGCAACAGGAUUGGAAGACAAGGAGUAAUAUACAGGUGGAAUGACAUCGGGAAUAUCACUCAUAACAAGUCGACGAUCCUAGUGGAGCUCAUCAACAAGGAAGAGACUGCCCUCUUCCACACGGAUGAUAUCGAAAAUGCCAAGUAUAUUUCUCGGUUGUUUGCUACAAGGCACAAGUUUUACAAACAAAACAAAAUCUGCACUGAACAGUCAAAUUCUCCACCCCCUAUCAGACGCCAGCCCACCUGGAGCCGAUCCUCCCUGCCCCGGCAGCAGCCGUACAUCUUGCCUCCCAUGCACGUGCAGUGUGGCGAACACUACUCGGAAACACACACUUCACAAGACAGCAUUUUCCAUGGGAAUGAAGAAGCCUUGUAUUGCAACUCUCACAACAGCCUGGACUUAAAUUAUUUAAAUGGCACCGUCACCAAUGGCAGUGUGUGUAGCGUUCACAGUGUCAACUCCCUCAACUGCUCCCAGAGUUUCAUCCAGGCUUCUCCCGUAUCCUCCAACCUCAGCAUCCCUGGGAGUGACAUCAUGCGGGCUGACUACAUCCCUAGCCACCGACACAGCGCGAUCAUCGUGCCGUCUUACCGGCCGACCCCCGAUUAUGAGACAGUCAUGCGGCAGAUGAAGAGGGGGGUCAUGCACACAGACAGCCAGAGCCAGUCUCUACGAAACCUCAACAUCAUCAACACCCACGCCUACAACCAGCCGGAGGACCUGGUGUACAGCCAGCCCGAGAUGCGGGAGAGGCACCCCUACACUGUCCCUUAUGGACCACAGGGGGGCUACAGUAACAAGCUUGUUGCUCCAUCUGACCAGAUAAACCCAAAGAAUAACACAGUACCCAGCAAGCCGGGGGCAAGUGCCAUCUCACACACGGUGAGCACCCCAGAGUUGGCCAACAUGCAACUCCAAGGCACCCAUAACUACAACACGGCCCAUAUGCUCAAAAACUAUCUCUUCAGGCCGCCGCCCCCCUAUCCACGACCCCGCCCUGCCACCAGCACCCCAGACCUCGCCAGCCACCGCCACAAGUACGUGAGUGGCAGUAGCCCCGACCUGGUGACCCGCAAAGUGCAGCUCUCAGUGAAGACCUUCCAAGAAGACAGCUCCCCGGUGGUGCAUCAGUCUCUCCAGGAGGUGAGCGAGCCCCUCACGGCCACCAAGCACCAUGGCACAGUGAACAAGCGCCACAGCCUGGAGGUGAUGAACAGCAUGGUGCGGGGCAUGGAAGCCAUGACACUGAAGUCACUCAACAUCCCCAUGGCUCGCCGAAACACCCUCCGGGAGCAGGGGCCACCUGAAGAGGUGCCAGGGAGCCACGAGGUUCACCAGCUUCCCCAGUAUCACCACAAUAAGACUUUCUCUGAUGCCACGAUGCUGAUCCACAGCAGCGAGAGCGAGGAGGAGGAGGAGGAGGCUCCAGAAUCGGUGCCCCAGAUCCCUGUGCUCCGUGAGAAGAUGGAGUACAGCGCUCAGCUGCAAGCAGCCUUAGCCCGAAUUCCAAACAAGCCCCCGCCCGAGUACCCGGGACCGAGGAAAAGCGUUAGCAACGGGGCACUGAGGCAAGACCAGGUUAGCCUUCCUCCUGCCAUCGCCAGAGCCAGGGUGCUGCGGCACGGGCCGGCCAAGGCUGUCAGUGUCUCCCGAGCUGACCAGCUGGCUGUCAACGGGUCCUCUCUCGGUCCAUCCAUCUCAGAACCCGACCUGACAAGCGUGAAGGAGCGAGUCAAAAAAGAGCCUGUGAAGGAGAGACCUGUGUCUGAAAUGUUUUCCCUGGAGGACAGCAUUAUAGAGAGAGAGAUGAUGAUCAGGAAUCUAGAGAAGCAGAAGAUGGCAGGCCUGGAGGCGCAGAAGAGGCCACUGAUGUUGGCAGCACUGAAUGGACUCUCAGUUGCUCGGGUCUCAGGGCGGGAAGAGAGUCAAGUUGAUGCCACCCGAGUUCCCAUGGACGAGAGGUUCAGAACCCUGAAGAAGAAGCUAGAAGAGGGAAUGGUGUUCACAGAAUAUGAGCAAAUUCCAAAGAAAAAGGCAAAUGGCAUCUUCAGCACAGCGGCUCUGCCAGAAAAUGCUGAACGCAGCCGAAUCCGGGAAGUUGUCCCCUAUGAGGAGAAUCGAGUAGAGCUGAUACCGACCAAAGAAAAUAACACAGGUUACAUUAAUGCCUCCCAUAUCAAGGUCGUGGUUGGUGGGGCAGAAUGGCACUACAUAGCCACUCAGGGGCCCCUGCCACACACUUGCCAUGACUUCUGGCAGAUGGUGUGGGAGCAGGGAGCGAAUGUGAUCGCCAUGGUCACCGCAGAAGAGGAAGGCGGACGAACCAAGAGCCACCGAUACUGGCCCAAACUGGGUUCCAAGCACAGCUCAGCCACCUAUGGCAAGUUCAAGGUCACCACGAAGUUCCGAACAGAUUCUGGUUGCUAUGCAACCACAGGCUUGAAGGUCAAGCACCUUUUGUCUGGGCAGGAAAGGACGGUGUGGCAUUUGCAGUAUACUGACUGGCCAGAUCAUGGCUGCCCAGAGGAUGUCCAAGGAUUUUUGUCCUACUUGGAGGAGAUCCAGUCGGUCCGUCGGCAUACCAACAGCAUGCUGGAAGGCACCAAGAGCUGGCACCCUCCGAUUGUCGUCCACUGCAGUGCUGGGGUGGGAAGGACCGGCGUGGUCAUUCUCUCUGAGCUGAUGAUCUACUGCCUGGAGCAUAAUGAAAAGGUGGAGGUGCCCAUGAUGCUGAGGCUCCUCAGGGAGCAAAGGAUGUUCAUGAUCCAGACCAUCGCUCAGUACAAGUUUGUCUACCAAGUCCUCAUCCAAUUCCUCCAGAACUCCAGACUCAUUUAACCUCCCGAUCCGCCUCCUGGAAGAGGAACCCAGCUCCAUCUUGCAGAUGGAGAGGCACCUCCAGACAACAUCUGCUCCUCCAGCAGGCUGCAGAUGGCCGGAGCAGGCAGGCCACGGGCUCCUUGAAGAUGGGAGCCAAGAUUAUUCAAAACAUCAUGUAUUAUUUUAUAUGAGAUAAUUUAUUUUUUUCCCCUUUGCAA